GGCCUUGCUCUUCUUACUUGCUUCUCAGCCCCGCUGUCCCAGCUCAGGGCAUGAUGACCCACAGAAAUGGAAAUCUCUCAAUAGUGCCCUUGCGAGAGUUUGUGCUGGUGGGAUUCCAGGGAGGUGUGGAGACCCAGGCCUUGCUCUUUGCUGUCUUCCUGGUCCUGUAUGCUGUGACCAUCCUGGGCAACCUCACCAUGAUCGCAGUCAUCACCCUGGACACCCGGCUGCACUCUCCCAUGUACUUCUUCCUCAAGAACCUGUCCUUCCUGGUUGCCUGCUACUCAUCUGCCAUCAUACCCAAUGCCCUGGCCAACUUCUUCUCCUCUGCCAAGGUCAUCAGCUUUGCUGGCUGUGUUACUCAGAUCUCCUGUUUCUCUUUACUUAUCACCACGGAGGGCUUUCUCCUGGGGGUAAUGGCUUAUGACUGCUUCAUAGCCAUCUGCAGCCCCCUGAGCUAUGGCAUGACCAUGUGCCCCAUGAGAUGUACCUGUCUGGUGAUGGGAACCUACUGCGGAGGCUGCCUCAACUCCAUCAUGCAGACCAGCCUCACAUUCCAGCUCCCCUCCUGCCACUCCAACAGCAUCAACCACUUCUGUGACGUUCCUCCACUGCUGCAGCUUGCCUGUGCCAACACAGCUCUCAAUGAGCUGGUCAUGUUUGGCAUCUGUGGGCUCAUUAUUGUGGGCACCACUCUUGUGAUCCUCAUCUCCUAUGGCUACAUUACAGUGACCAUACUCAAGAUGCUCUUGGGCUCAGGGAGACAAAAGGUCUUCUCCACCUGUGGCUCCCACAUGACAGCUGUGUCCCUAUCCAUUGGGACAGUGUUUGUCAUGUAUGCACAGCCAGGGGCUGUGGAGUUCAUGGAGUACGGCAAGGUGGUCUCCAUCUUCUACACCCUGGUCAUCCCAAUGCUCAACCCCCUCAUCUACAGUCUGUGGAACAAGGAUGUGAAAGACGCCCUGCGGAGGCUGUGGCAGAGACGGGCAGCCCUGUGAAGGGUGGUCGGUGAGAGAGAGUCUUGGGGUAGAACAUGGCUCCAAGGGACAACUGUGUGGGCUGAGAACACUUAUGUCCUUUCUUCCCCCUUGUCCUUCUCUCCUUGUUUUUCCCUUGCUAGCUUCCUGUCAUCCAUUCAGUCAUGCAGCACUUCUUGAGUGCAUAUCAUGGAACAGACAUUCAUUAAGACAAAUCAGUCAUGUUUUUCUCCCUCCAGAAAAUGAAUAGUCCAGAGAUGGAGUAAGUCAAUUUCUGUUGGGGUAUGAGGCAUAAAUACUUAUUUUCAUAGGCAUGCAGAGGGAUUCUCUCUAUGGAAGGAGGUAGAUAUUUGGGCUUAGUAUAUACUUUUGAUUUAUUUUCUAAGAGUCAGGAGCUCCGUUACAUGUGCAUGGCAAUGCCUGUUCUGGACUGACCCAGAUGGAAGGCUGGCCAUGUCCUCCUGGCCUGUCAUGACUGUUGACUGGAAGCCCUCCUGACUCUGCUGUUCUCUUUUAACUCAAACUCUACGUCAUUGCCAGAGUCCUGUUAAAAGCAACCAUCUAGCUCUGUGUCCCUCAGUUCCACAUGAGGAGUUGCUUGUCAGUGGCUGGAUCUAACCACCAGUGCCUCUCUCACACUAACUGGGGUGGACGUGGUGGCGAGUACCUACAUGGGGUAAAAUUACAAAGACAAAAAUCCAUGUCUGGGGAUUUCAGCACCACUGGCAUGAAGGAAAAGACAACCAUGCAUGUCUCAUCCUGCCCGCAGGGAGCUGUCCACAACAG